AUGAAAAUCUUAAUAGCAGUUGAUAAAUUUAAAGACUGUAUAAGUUCAAAAGAUAUAGGUAAUGCUAUAUCUAAUUCAAUAGAUAAAUCUUUAAAUAAAGAUUUGAUUACCACUUCUGUCUUGGGUAUUAGUGAUGGUGGUGAAGGAUUUUUAGAAUCUUUGAUUUCACCUUUGAAUUUAACUGUACAACAUUUAAAUGUAACAGGUCCAUUGUGUAAUGAAAUAACAUCGAAAUAUGCUUAUAAUGCCGAGAAGAAGAUUGCUGUUGUCGAGAUGGCACUCGCUUCAGGGCUGGAGUUGGUGGAACGAUCACUUCGAAAUCCAUUGAAUACAACUACAAGAGGUACUGGUGAGUUGAUUGCACAUGCCAUUCAUGUCAAUGGCUGUAAACAUAUCGUGAUUGGUGCUGGUGGUUCUGCUACGAAUGACGGUGGUCUUGGUGCAUUGGUUGCACUUGGCAUUCAAGUUACAUUGAACGAUGAUAGCCAGCCUAGAUAUAUUGUAGGCAGACAUCUCGCCAAUGUAAAAUCCAUUGUUUUACCACAACAAGUCAGAGAGAAACUGAAAGAUGUUCAUUUUGAAUUCUGUACAGAUGUCACUACACCUUUUGUAGGUGAGAGAGGUGCUACUCAUACAUUUGCCAAACAAAAGGGUGCCAGUGUACAGGAUAGAGAAACAUUGGAGCAAGGUAUGAUAAACGUUGCUAAUCUUUUGACUGUUGACAUUCGCCAUCGUGAAGGAACAGGAGCAGCCGGUGGGUUAGCAGGUGGAUUCGUUUCACUACUUGGUGCAACCAUAAGUAAAGGAAUGGAUUACGUUUGUAAACUGAUUCAAUUGGAUCAGCAUAUUAAGGAUAGCGAUAUAAUCAUCACUGGAGAAGGUUGUUUUGAUUCAACUUCUUUGGCGGGAAAAGCCGUAACAAAAAUAUUAGAUUUAGGUGAUCAAUAUAAUAAAUCUAUUAUCAUUAUUUGUGGUUGUUUAGGAGAUCAAGAGGAAGUAAAAAAAGAAGUCGAUACCAAAUGGAAAUGUAUAAAGAGUAUAUGUGAUUUACAAUCGAGAUAUGGCAAUGAAGCAUCUAUGAAUAAAACAAGAGAAUGUAUAGAUAGAUUAAUAGAUUCAGAGAUACUUCCGAUGAUCCUAUUAAAUAAAAAAUAA